CGCUCUCCCCCUCCCCACUCUACCCCCCCACUCCAAUCCUGCGGACCUGGGGGCUUGGAUCUGGGAGCUAUGAAAAGUGUCUGCACAGUCACUUCCGGUUUUUCUUCCCCCAGUACCUCAACUGCUGCUGCUGCACAGGAGGUCAGAUCUGCCACUGAUGGUAAUACCAGCGCCACUCCGCCCACCUCUGCCAAGAAGAGAAAGUUAAACAGCAGUAGCAGUAACAGUAGUAACGAGAGAGAAGACUUUGAUUCCGCCUCUUCGUCCUCUUCCACUCCUCCCUUACAACAGAGAGAUUCUGCCUCCCCGUCCACUUCAUCCUUUGCCUGCCUCGGAGUUUCAGUGGCUUCUAGCAGCCACACACCGGUACAAAAGAAGCUCCGUUUUGACGAAACCCUGGAGUUAGUAGGGUUUGAUACGAAGAUGGCUGAGGAAUCCUCCUCUUCCUCCUCCUCAUCUUCACCCACUGCUGCAACAUCUCAGCAGCAGCAACUUAAAAAUAAGAACCUGUUCUCAUCUGUGUCUUCGGUGCAUCACGCAAACGGCCUAACCAAAGCUACCACCGUCUCUAGUUUUGCUAGCAGCAAGCCGGGCUCGGCUAAGAAGUUAGUCAUCAAGAACUUUAAAGAUAAGCCUAAAUUACCAGAAAACUACACAGAUGAAACAUGGAAUAAAUUAAAAGAAGCAGUGGAAGCUAUCCAGAAUAGUACUUCGAUUAAAUACAAUUUAGAAGAACUUUAUCAGGCUGUGGAAAAUCUGUGCUCUUACAAGAUUUCUGCCAACUUGUACAAACAGCUGAGACAGAUUUGUGAAGAUCACAUCAAAUCACAAAUUCUCCAGUUUAGAGAGGAUUCGUUGGAUAGUGUUCUUUUCUUAAAGAAGAUUGAUAGAUGCUGGCAAAACCACUGUAGACAAAUGAUAAUGAUCAGGAGCAUAUUUCUCUUCCUGGAUAGAACUUAUGUUCUUCAGAACUCAAUGCUACCCUCCAUUUGGGAUAUGGGUCUGGAGUUAUUUAGAGCCCAUAUUAUAAGUGAUCAGAAAGUCCAGAAUAAGACAAUUGAUGGCAUUCUCCUCCUGAUAGAAAGGGAAAGGAAUGGUGAAGCCAUUGACCGGAGUUUGCUUCGAAGCCUCUUAAGCAUGCUUUCUGAUUUGCAACCUUUUCAUUCUGUAUCGCCCUCCCAGAUUUAUCAAGAUUCUUUUGAACAACGAUUUCUGGAAGAAACUAAUAGGCUGUACGCAGCAGAAGGCCAAAAGCUGAUGCAGGAAAGAGAGGUUCCUGAGUAUCUUCAUCAUGUUAACAAACGUCUAGAAGAAGAAGCAGACAGACUUAUUACUUACUUAGAUCAGACCACCCAGAAAUCAUUAAUCGCUACUGUAGAAAAGCAACUUCUAGGUGAACACUUAGCAGCAAUUCUCCAGAAAGGUUUAACUAAUCUCCUUGAUGAAAACCGGAUUCAAGAAUUAUCUCUACUCUACCAACUUUUCAGUAGAGUUCGAGGUGGCGUUCAGGUUCUUUUGCAACAGUGGAUUGAAUACAUUAAGGCAUUUGGCAGCACUAUAGUAAUUAAUCCAGAAAAAGAUAAAACCAUGGUUCAAGAAUUGCUGGAUUUUAAAGAUAAGGUGGACCACAUAAUCGAUAUUUGUUUUAUGAAGAAUGAGAAAUUCAUCAAUGCCAUGAAAGAAGCAUUUGAAACAUUUAUUAACAAAAGACCAAACAAACCUGCAGAACUUAUAGCUAAGUAUGUAGAUUCAAAGCUUCGUGCAGGCAACAAAGAAGCCACAGAUGAAGAACUUGAAAAAAUGUUGGAUAAGAUUAUGAUCAUUUUUAGAUUUAUCUAUGGCAAGGAUGUUUUUGAAGCCUUCUACAAGAAAGAUUUAGCCAAACGCCUGUUAGUUGGGAAGAGUGCAUCUGUAGAUGCUGAAAAAUCAAUGCUCUCCAAACUUAAGCAUGAAUGUGGAGCUGCUUUUACCAGCAAACUUGAAGGAAUGUUUAAAGACAUGGAACUUUCUAAAGACAUCAUGAUUCAGUUCAAACAGGUAAAAUAUAUGCAGAAUCAGAAUGUACCUGGAAAUAUUGAGUUAACUGUGAAUAUCCUGACAAUGGGUUAUUGGCCAACUUAUGUGCCUAUGGAAGUUCAUUUGCCACCAGAGAUGGUAAAACUUCAGGAGAUUUUUAAGACAUUUUAUCUGGGUAAACAUAGUGGCCGAAAACUUCAGUGGCAGUCAACCCUCGGCCACUGUGUACUAAAAGCAGAAUUUAAAGAAGGGAAAAAAGAACUUCAGGUCUCUCUCUUCCAAACUUUGGUGCUGCUAAUGUUUAAUGAGGGAGAGGAGUUCAGUUUAGAAGAAAUCAAGCAGGCUACUGGAAUAGAGGAUGGAGAAUUACGGAGAACACUACAGUCAUUGGCUUGUGGCAAAGCCAGAGUUCUGGCAAAAAAUCCAAAAGGCAAAGAUAUCGAAGAUGGUGACAAGUUCAUUUGUAAUGAUGACUUCAAACACAAACUUUUUAGGAUAAAGAUCAAUCAGAUCCAGAUGAAAGAAACGGUUGAAGAACAAGCAAGUACUACAGAAAGAGUAUUCCAGGACAGACAGUAUCAAAUUGAUGCUGCAAUUGUUCGAAUUAUGAAGAUGAGAAAGACCCUUAGCCACAAUCUCCUUGUUUCAGAAGUGUACAAUCAGUUGAAAUUUCCAGUGAAGCCUGCUGAUCUUAAGAAGAGAAUAGAGUCAUUAAUUGACAGAGAUUAUAUGGAAAGAGAUAAAGAAAAUCCGAACCAGUACAACUACAUCGCAUAAAAUAUUGGCCUUGGGAGGAGCAUUUGGUGUCAUGCAGUAGCCAGUGAAUAACUAAUCUGUUGAUCCUGUAUUAUUUGACUUGUUUUAUACUACCAAUGACCAAAUGAAGCAAUGUAAUGGAGUAGUUGGUGGACUGUUUCAGUGGUUAACAUGCCCAGUUAAAGAGUAAUACUUACCUUUAAGAAGAAUGUUGUUGAACUCUUUGCAUGUUAUUUAGUAUGAUGUGCAGAAAAUUCUUAAGAAAGUACCUGGUCUUCAUGAUUCCUCUUUGGAACUGGGGAAGAGGUUCCUAUGCCUAUUAAAACAGAAGGGGGGUUCUUAUACACCAUUAAUUACUAAGCAAAAGGUUUAUUUGCUUAAAAUGUCAUUUAAAGAUACUUAAACUGCAUGCAGACUUUAUUUACUGUACAGAGUUCUGGAUGUAUUUAUCAAAUAGAAAAACCACCCUGGACUUGGUUGUUCACCUGUUUUGUGAUUUCCCUUGAAAAGAAAAAUAAGUUGUCAUAGCUAAUUGAUAUUUUACUAGGUAUUGUUCUGUUACAUUAAAAGGGAUUUUUUUGGUCAAAAAAGAGCGUAUUUGGAAACAACUUUUCAAGUAGAGGGACAGUUGCUUACUCAUAUAUAUAUAUACACAUCCUAGAAUUUUCCACUUAUGACUAUGGAAUGUGUGUAUAUAAAUAGCCCUAAGUUUACUGUGCUAAUUAACAGGUACUUAUAAAAAAUAGCUGGAAUAGAAAAUUGCUGAUGGAGUUGUACUAGAAGAAUAUGAUAGGAGAGAAAAAUCCCGGCUCUUUCUUUAUAUUAAAAAUGAAUACUAUUUGAACAUUGCAAAAGAGACCAAAAUAAUAUGUUUUGUAAAUUUAAUUUACAAAAAUUACAAGAGCAAAAAUUCAACUAAUUCUCAACUUCCUUUUGACUUUGUUGUUUGAUCAGUUUUGUCUUUAACUUGGACCAAUUGUAGAUUGUUACAGGCUUCCUAGGAUUUACCAUUCCUGUUUACCAAAGUUUUUUUUUUGGGAAGCAUCCCAGCUCUCCUCCUCGUUGGUAAAAAAUGCCCUUUCUAUUCUCAUUCGAACUUUCUGAAGCCUUAGACAUAAACAUUUUCCUCACAUAGCCCUUAAUUGGGAAUUUCAAAUUCUGUCAUGCUGAUCUUAACUCCUUUCAAAACUGCUUAAAGAUUUAAAAACUCACACAGCCACUGGACACCUUUCAAGAAAAUGUCCUCGAAUUGUUCAUAUAUAGAAAAUAGCAAAAGUGUUUACAGUGUAAGUGAGACUUUUGAUUCUUUGUUUAUUUUUCCUUGGAACUUUGAAGAGAAUGGAUUUUGGAGGAAAAGCAGAAAAUGUUGUUUUGACUUUUAAUAUCAAAACUGCUUUAGUGCUUUUUGCAGCCGUAUAUAUCCUAGACUAUUUGGAGCCAUUAGUAACAACCUAGGUCCUAAUCUUCAACUGGAGGAGACUUUUGGCUCUUGUGUCUGCUAUUUCUUCAGCUCUCAAAAUCGGCUAUAAAAAGUUGCCUGUUUCUAAUUGUACCAACUUAAACACUGUUGUCUAAUAAUCUGUGGUACUUAGAAUGCCUUUCUAAUGCUUUUUGAGCAACCAUUGCCUGUAUUUUCAUAGAUCCUCCCUGGGUCCCUUACAUGAGCUCAUUUGAGAAUGAAUAUGCCUUUUUUACCCCCUCUCUGUAAUGGACCAUCUAUGUCAGUGUUGAAACAUCUCUCUGAUGGUGUCUGAGAGAUGUAGACUACAUCAUAAGACCUGAUAGUUACUCUUAAGGAAUUUCUAGGUAGACUUGGUCCUGUUAGGAGGAGACUUGGUGUCACUUUUAUUAUCUGGAGGCUGGUCCCCUCCCUCCCUGUGGCUUUUCAGUUUUCGAAAAUUUGAUGCUGUUUCAACUGAAAAAUUGGUGUAGCUAUUAAACAAGUUGAGGGGAGCUGUAUGAGCAAUUAAAAGGUAAUACAAACGACAUGGAAAAUUGUGACUUUCGGUUGUUGUUCUGUAUCAGUUGAAUUUUUGUGCUCUUUUCCCUGUGUACGUGGUGGUUCUAUUUUUCUCCAAUAAAAGUUUUAUUUAAAAAAAAAA